GGGUGAGCGGGGACUAGAGAAAUAAGAUGUAUCCAAUACGGUAGAUUUGUGGAUUGAGGGAUUAUCCUAGGUGUCAUCCAACUCAUUGGCUUCCUUCCAUCCAACUUUAUCCGAUUCGCAAGAGCUCCGACUGAUCUCUUCGGUUUUACAGUAGGCAACAGAAAUCAAAAAAAAAAAAUCUGUGUUCCUCAAGGUUUACAAUGGGAUUAAGGGACUUUUCCCUCUUCUUGGAAGGGUUUCAUAAUAGAUGGCCCCCGUGAAGUAGCCUGGCAAGCCAGACCCAUAUCGGAAAGAGAUUGGGUCUGGUCUCGUACGGUGGCAGUGUGGGCGGGAUAAACGGUUGUCUUUCAAGUUCCCUCUGCACGCAAUAGGAUAGCGCUACGACCAAUCAGAGCAACGAAGAAGGUGACGUAGUCAGAGCGACGGAAAUUUCCAUGGGGAAGUGUUGCGAAUGGUGGGUUGAGAGAACGGAGACCAACGAGGAAACUUUUACCGUAUCCGGUCGGCAAAACUCAGAAUACAUAUACAAUACUUUCUUUUCCAGGAAAGACUUCAGUGCAGUUCUUUGUUCAUUUCCCAAAGAAAAUGAUAACUUCAAGUCUUGAAGAGUCGCGGCCAAAGCCGAGUAGAAAGACAGCUGUUCGCCAGCAGCAGCAGCCAUUAUUGUUUACCUUUAACACGGAACCGUCGCAGCUCUGUCGUCAUUCGGCUCGAUUCCGCCCCUCACGAUCUGAUUGGCCUGUCCCAUUUUCUGUUUCUAGCAGCGAAAAACGACGACAGAAGGCUAGUCCUCCCUGGCUGCAAUUUAAAUUUGCUGCCGCUAGGGGCCUCUAGAUUUUUAGGCUACCCGUGAAGCCCUUUGAGGCUGUAAAUGUGAUUUGGGGCUAUCCCGGUAAUUCCUAUCCUCGGGCUCAGGAACCCCAUCCGGGGCCCCUGAUAUGCAUGCGGGGUCACAGGAGACCCACGAGCUAGUAUCUGAUGAUCCAUUUGAACACACUAUGUUUUGCUUAAAGGGAUCAUGGCUAUUACCGGGAGAAGUUGUAUAUUGUUGGUCCUGCUGGCCCAGCCCAUCGAGGACGAGUGCAUGGAGGGGCUGACACUGAAGAUCACGGACUUCGGCCUGGCCAGGGAGUGGCACAAGACCACCAAGAUGAGCACCGCUGGCACCUACGCCUGGAUGGCCCCCGAGGUCAUCAAGGCCUCCACCUUCUCCAAGGGCAGCGACGUCUGGAGCUACGGCGUCCUGCUGUGGGAACUGCUGACGGGCGAGGUGCCCUACCGGGGGAUCGACGGGCUUGCGGUGGCCUACGGCGUGGCGGUCAACAAGCUGACCCUCCCCAUCCCCUCCACCUGCCCCGAGCCCUUCGCCCAGCUCAUGUCAGAGUGCUGGGACCAGGACCCCCACCGCAGGCCCAGCUUCGGCUCCAUCCUGGCCCAGCUGCUGGCGCUGGAGCGCCAGGUGCAGGAGGACAUGCCCCAAGACUCCUUCCACUCGCUACAGGACAACUGGAAGCUGGAGAUCCAGGACAUGUUCGACGAGCUGCGGGCCAAGGAGAAGGAGCUGCGAUGCCGCGAGGAGGAGCUGAAGCGCGCGGCGCUGGAGCAGAAGUCCCACGAGGAGUUCCUACGGCAGCGGGAGCAGCAGCUGGCCCAGUGGGAGCAGGACGUGUUUGAGCGGGAGCUCAGCCUCCUCAUCCUGCACAUGAACCAGGAGCAGGAGAAGCCCAACGUCAAGAAGAGGAAGGGCACCUUCAAGAAGCACAAGCUCAAGUCCAAGAACGGGGAGAAGAUCAGCAUGCCCCAAGUCAGUCCAAGUGACAACAGCCGGGCGUUCGGUCUGAGCCCCUCUUGGCCCCUGGACAGCCCCUCCCUGAAGCAGGCCAACGGGGAGCUGAGGCCGGGCCCUCACUGGAGGCCCCAGAGCCCCAAGAGCCCCAAGAGCCCCAAGGUCCUGAGGCUGAGUCCCCAGGAGAGCAGUCUGUCCAUGAGGGCUAAGCUCCUGGACGUGGACAGCAACGAGAACGGUGGCGACUCCCGCAGUGACUUCGAGGAGUACCACCCCUGCACGCACACGCCCCCCCCUCUGCCUCCUCUUCCUCCCCAGAACGGCGCCUCGCUGAAGGAAGGCCUGCGGCUGCCGCUGCCUCAGGGUGACUCCCUCCGGGUGCCCGACCCCCCGUGCACGGAGGAGGGCAGGGGGCCGUCCCCGGCCGGCUCCCCCAGACCGGAGCGGGGCCCGCUGGGCGGUCUGUUCCAGAGCACCCACCAGGCGCUGCUGGGCGGAGGCACCCUGCUGGCCUCCGUCGCCCUGGGGCGCCGCCUGGACGUCCUCCCCAGGGUGCCUCCGCGGACUAACCCCCCCACCAGCCCCUCGUCGGACCCCCACCACCCGCUCCACCACCUGCACCACAACCUGCAGCGGGCGGCCUCGGAGCCCGAGCCGUCGGCCCCGCCCCCUCUGCCGUCGCCCCCGGACGCGGCGGUGGUGGACGACCUCAUCACCUUCUCCUCCUCCUCCUCCCUGCCCCUCCCCCGGGCGCUGUUGGACUCUGUAGCCCCGCCUCCUCCGACCACGCCGCCGCCACCGCCUCAGCCGAUGGCGCUGACGCCGCCGCCGCCGAACCCGCGGGAGAGGAGUGGGCCCAGGGCCCCUCUCCUGCCGCCGCCGCACAGCCCCCUGGCCCCUCGGACCCCCCCACCGCCGCUGCCGGGCGGGGCCAGUCCCGGGGAGCCCGCGCCGGGGGCCGGGGCCCCGUGGGGGGCCAACGGAGAGGGCGGCAGUGAGGGGCCCUCCCCCUGGGAGCACCAGCACCCCCGUCCCCUGCCCCACCCCCACCCCGCUGCGGACCGGAGGAGGAGGGCCUCGGGCCAGGGGCUGCACCCCUCCCAGCUCGUGCUGGACCUGCCUAUGUGCCAGGACUCCCGGGACAUGGAGGACAAGCCGACGGCCACGCCCUCCCUGCUCCCCAACCCCCGCCUCUGGAGCCCCAAGACCCGCCGCCUGGAGGUCAACGUCAUCCCCCGGCCCCGCCCCUCGCCCAUGCGGCCGCGCAUCGACCCCUGGAGCUUCGUCUCGGCCGGCGGGGCCGGAGGGACCCCCGGGGGGGGUCACGCCCCCGCCCGGCGCUUGGAGAGCCAGCCGCUGGGCUACCACCAUCCCUCGUCCACCAACCCCUUCGCCGGCUGCCACCCCUUCCCCUCCCCGGACUGCGACCCCUUCGCCCUGCGGGGGGCCCCCGACCCCCAAGACAUCGAAGGCCCCAACGGCGGCUUCGGCGGCUCUGCCUUCGACCCCUUCUCGCCGCCCUUCCCCACCACCUCGCGCUCGGCACCGUGCUCCGCCAACGGCUCGCCCACGCUGCCCACCGCCCGCCUGGCCGCCCCGUUCCACGCCACCGCCGACUCGGCCGCGCUCAUCGACCUGGGCGAUGAGCGCGGCAGGGAAUUCGCAGGGAAUCUGAAGACAAACUGA